AUGUACCAAUGGCUGCUGGGGACUCUCAGCGCUCUUCUUGCUGCCGCCCGCCGCCCCACGCCUUCCCCAGUCCCGCCGCCGCGCAAGAGGCCGCUCCCCAGGUCAGCGAGCCGCCCCGCUUCCUCACGGCCCCCCAAGGAUCUCGCUCCUUCACCAGCCACUCCGAACCCACCGCGGCCUCCUGGGGUUGGGGCCUGCGGGGCCCCCAGGGUCCGCCUGCCGGGAGCGGGAGCCCACCGGCGCCUUCGGCCGGCUCUCUUCGGCCUGAGUGGUUCGAUCCGACGACGGGAGUGCCGAUACCUGGGCAGGAAUGGCAAACACUUCAUCAAACCUGUUCCAGACGUCAGCUUAACACUAAGGCCUCCAAUUAAGGAGCGUGCUGUGCCAGAAUCUACCACUCCAGAAGUCAUGAAAAUGGGGAGGUUUUACUGUACUGCUGAAGAGGAUGUUCAGCGAGGAGAAAAGGAGAAAUACAAACAGCUUUUGCAGCUGGUAAAGGAAAAAUAUGCUGGGAUCCGCCCUCCUCCACAGCUGACAAGCUUCUGCAGGUACUACACUCCUGCAGAAAACUCUCAUGAACAGGGAAGACCAGUGAAAGCAGUGUCUGCAGGGGGACAGUCUGGAGCUGAGCUCUCAGAAGAGGCAUUAUUCCAAUUACAUCUGGCACCUGUUCUGUCCAGAAAAUCAACUGGCCUUGAGGCAGAAGAAAAUAAAUUCCCAAGAUUGGAAAAACCAGCAGAACACUUUUCUGUGCUCACAGAGGCCUUAGAGAGAGAGGUCCAUGCUGCAUUUGGCAGAGGUGAGCCUGAUGAGAUCUUGAGCAGUGCCUUCAAACUGAAGGUGACCCGUGAGGACAUCGGCACACUGCGGGAGCAUCGCUGGCUGAACGAUGAGGUCAUCAAUUUCUACAUGAGGCUUAUUGCAGAAAGAAAUAAGAAGGAGGGAUUCGCAGCAGUCCAUGCCUUUAGUACUUUCUUCUACCCAAAACUAAUCUCUGGGGGCUACACAGCAGUAAGAAGGUGGACCAGAGGUGUGGAUCUGUUCCAGCAGGACCUCAUCUUUGUGCCCAUUCACCUGAGGGUGCACUGGGCACUAGUGGUCAUAGAUGUCAGAAGGAAGACCAUCAAAUACUAUGAUUCCAUGGGACAGAAAGGGGACAAGAUUUGUCAGACUCUGUUCCAAUACCUGCAAGAAGAAAGCCAUGAGAAAAGAAACCUGGAGCUGGCUUCUUCAGAGUGGACUCUUCGUAGCAUGGAGUCCCAUGAGAUCCCUCAGCAAUCCAACGGAAGUGACUGUGGGGUGUUCAUGUGCAAAUAUGCUGAGUACAUCUCCAGGGACAGAGCCACCACCUUUACCCAGAAGAACAUGCCUUACUUCCGCAAGAGGAUGGUGUGGGAAAUAAUCCACCAGCAGCUGCUGUGAGACGUGCACUAUUAGAGUAACACUGUGAUCACCCCAGGGUGACUAACUCCUGCUUUAGUUACUGCUCCAGGGUUGUCUUUGAAAAGGCAGCAGGCACACAGAUCUUCCUCCUCAGGCUAGGAAGCAGUGGUUACAUUUGGGGUUUUAUUCCCGAUUUUGGAGGCAGUCACUCUCAUUGAAAUUAAGUCAUGCACCUUAAGUGCAAAGCCAGAAGGAUGGCUGUGACCUCAUCAUGGUAAGGGUUAAGAACAAAUGCUGUCAGGGAUGUUGAUGGACGCUCGGAACUUGCAGCGCACGUGGCCACACUAUGGACGAAGGGGACUGUCCCCUGUGGUGGGUGUACCAGGUGUGUUAGCUGAACUUACCUUCCCAGGAAAACUUGCUUAGCAACUGUUUCCUCAAGGAGGGAUUUUCUGUCU